CGUAAAUAAAUGCAUCACAGCAUAUGGACAGUAAGGAGUCAGAUUCAAGAGUACUUAUUCUAUCCAAUCUUGGUAUCAAAGCAGGUUAGAACUGUUUAGAAGUGACGCCAGGAGAAGUUUCAAUAGACUGGGUGAAAAGUUUUGACCCAGGACGAGGACUGGUAGUGGCACGCAAUUCUACUUAGCAAUUUUAUCUUAACGGUCAAUCUUUCUUUUGAUUUCUACAUUAUCUUCUCCAUCGCAACAUCAUCGAUCUUCGAUUUACUAUAUUACAAGUACCUUGGUUCUUGAAAAAGAAAAAAAAUGGGGGGUAAGAACAAGAAGAAGAAAGCUACGAAUACUUCCGGCAGCAAGAAGAAGAAUAAGCAGCCACAGACCUCCUCCUCUUCCAACAAUGGCGGCAUGAUGGAUGUCUGCCGGGGGCAACAGGCCCCGUCAGCAGUCCGCAAGAACGUCAACGCUUUGAAGAAGGAGGAAAAGAGGCGGCGCCAGAAGGAGAAGAAGCAGCAAGAGAAGCAGCUGCAGAACAGCAACCGGAACAAGAACAACAAGAACAAGAACUUUCUGAUCAAAACGCAGUCAGAGCGUGCAUCCUUCAUCGCUGAAGACGAUCCCGCAAUGGUUCGACAAAGUGCAGUCUCAGCGGAGGAGGCUCACGGAACGGACGUGUGCGAGAUUCUUAGUGACGCGACAGGAGGCAUGGUCUAUACUCUGUCGCGCGACAAGAAGAUCAUCGCUUGGGGACUGGAGGAACGCGAAACGGAUUCGAUCGCUGGCAACUUGAAUAUGUCCUCCACUUCUCCGGGAAGUGCUGGCUCCUCUACUGCUUCAUCGACCUUAUUCGGAGGUGCUGGAGCUGCAGCCGCGGCAAGUAGUAACAUCAACUCAACAUCUGCGUCCUCGUCUUGCCGAGUGAAGCGCUGGUUUCUGAAGAAACAAAACACAAUUCAGCUGGAUUACGCCAUCUGGUGCGCGACGUUUCAGGCCAAUUGCCUCUUUGUAGGGCUCGGGAACGGCCAGGUGAAGGUUUUCGCGAAGGACACAGGCGACCAGUUCGACUUCCAGGCCCACACGAAGCGCGUGACCUGUAUUCGUCGCCACGCGGCGUCGGGGAUCGUCAUAACCGGGGACAACGGCGGCUCCCUCAAGUGCUGGCAGCUCGAGCAAACGGCGGCGGGCCAGGUGAAUGCAAAGUGCGCAUUCGAAACAGAACUGCACGCGGAAGUGAAGUCCUUUGAGGUAAUCGGCAACACCUGGAUCUACGUUGCAAGCGCUAAAGGGCUCUUGCGGCUUCCGCUCCAGGGUUUGGAGUCGGCAAAACCGGAGAAGCUUACCUCCGAAGCAUUGAAUGCGUUGAUGCCCUUCGAGGUAGCCAGCAGUCAGCAAACGUUUCUUGCGGCACCCACGCGCGGAGGUGGCAUCCAGCUUUUCGAUGCGGCCACAGGAAAAAAGCAGCAUAGCAUAGACGCGGUAGCAAACAUGAAGAAUGUCAUGACGUUAGGAGAGCUUGCUGGAGAGCGAGUGGUAUUACUUUUUAUAUUUACAUCAUCUGUCGUCGUCGUCGUGCUCGUGGUGCUAGAAAACAAAAUCCAUGCUCAGGCUUACAAUUAAGUAACUAGGGUGUACAGUUUUUUUUUAAAUCUUACCCAGUAUCACCGGACCACUAAGUACGUAGUACCAGCGUAGAGUUUGACAGAGAAGGAAAGCAUUACAACAAACUUUAAUGAUUCUUUCCUAACAAGAUUAUAAUUUGUUCACCAGAUUUGCGGACACCAAGACGGAAAAUUGAGUAGUUUUCGCUUACCUGAGUGGACACGGCUAUGCGGUUGGCGAAUUUUAGACAAGCUUCAGCAGUCUCCUGUCCACAAUGUGACCUGCGUGAGGCAGAUCGGUGCGGCCGGUCUUUGCCUCGUCGGUCUCCAAAACGGCGCCCUUCAAUUAUGGAGAUAUGCGCCAAAUGAGCAGCAUUUAGUAGCUCCGGCGGCCGCAACUGGAGGAGUAGGAGUACAUGGAGUCUCGGCACCAGCAACAGUAGCGACACCGGGAGUUGUAGUGGGAGGACUUGUUGUUCCUGGCGCAGCCAGCAUGGGUCAUGGAGGUGCACCCUUGGCCCCACAGGGUGGGGUCCAAAUUAUGCCGGCAACACCUGUGCUUCAGCAUCCUCAAUUCCACCUGAACCCGGAAGCACAGGCGCAGCACGGGGUCGCGCCUGGUGGUCUGGGUAGGCCAGCGAUAGAUCCUGCGAGUGUGCCCUUGCCAGAUGAUGACGAUGAUGAUCUGUAAACAAAUAUAGUGCGUGGCGUUUCAGUACACAAUCAUUGAAAGUGCUACACAACUAUGACUAUAAUUUCAAGGGCAAUAAACGACAGAAUUGUUUGAAUAUCAAUAUUAUGUAACAUUAGCGGGUAGAACUCGUCAGGGAAAUCUUAGGCAGCUCGCCGAAUAGAUUCAAAUCCUCACUAUGUAACAUUGACAGCAGGAGGCGAUAGUGAAACCCAAACCGAUGCAGCUUGAGGCAUGCUUUUCUCGGGUGAGCAAUGCAUUCGUAGAACUGUAAAGGCUGCAAAUAGCGGGACGAGCUUCUCCAACGUACGCGAUAAAAAAUGAGUGGCGUCUACUUAUAU